CCGGCCCAAAAGGCGGAGUCGCCUGGAGAAGGGGCCAGAGCUGUGAGCGCGGUGCUGACUGUGCCGUGCAGAAGCCAGCGGGAACCUAGACCCCGAGGAGCCCCUCAUCCCCGCCCGGCCCGGCCUGGCCCUGCGCCAUGGAGUUGCUCUGGGCCCCUUUCUUGGGUCUGUGCUGCAGUCUGGCCGCUGCUGACCGCCACACCGUCUUCUGGAACAGUUCAAAUCCCAAGUUCCGGGAUGAGGACUACACAGUGCACCUGAGGUUGAAUGACUACCUGGACAUUAUAUGUCCACAUUAUGAGGAUGACUCUUUGGCAGUUGCUGACAUGGAGCAGUACACCCUCUACCUGGUGGAGCAUCCCGAGUAUGUGGCGUGCCAGCCUCAACCCAAGGACCCUGUCCGUUGGCAGUGCAACAAGCCUAAUGCCAAGCAUGGCCCGGAGAAGCUGACAGAGAAGAUCCAGCGCUUCACACCUUUCAUCCUGAGCAAGGAGUUCAAGGAAGGGCACAGCUACUACUACAUCUCCAAACCCAUCUACCACCAAGAAAACCAGUGCUUGAAGUUGAAGGUGACGGUCGAUGGCAAAAUCACUCACAGUCCUCAAGCCCAUGCCAAUGAACAAGAGAAAAGACUUCAAGCAGACGAUGCAGAGGUUCUACAUAGCAUCGGUCACAGUGCUGCCCCCCGCCUCUUCCCACUUGCCUGGGCUGUGCUGCUCCUGCCUCUUCUACUUUUGCGAACUCAGUGAAGGUGUGCACCUCUGGAUUAAGGAUUGGAUCUGGGCUGAGGAGACAGGAACAGGCACCCUUAACCUGUCCCCAAACUCCAGCCUUGGGAACCACUCCCAUCACAUGCACAAGCUGCCACCCAGCAGCCUCAAAACGGGUCAGUAUUAAGGGUUUCAGCCCGAAGGAGGGCAACCAGCCUGAUGGUACCAUCCUCACCUCCGCUUCAGAGGAAUGGAGGAAAAAGCAGGACAGUCCUUUCCCUGCCAUCCCUGCCUUUAAGCCAAAGAAACAAGCUGUGCAGACAUGGUCCCUGGAGAGGACCCACUGGGAACUGAGCUGGAAGGGGCCGGAGGCCAUGGAGAUGGACACUACACUUGGCAAGGUGCCCCUCCUAGAGAGAGACAGGACAUCCAGAUGAACUGACUAAAGGAAAAAGCAAGAGAGAGUUUCCUGCAUGGGAGCCAGGUACAGGAGAGUGUGCUUGGGCUGACCCAGAAUCUCCCAGCAAG